AUUUCCUGGCGACGGGGGGAGAAUCCGGUUUGCACUCCCGAGUCCCGUGCGCGAAGAAAUGCGCGCGCGCGCUCGCCUUUCUUGGUCAGCGAGGGGGGUCGUCGCCUCCACUGUGAGAUAGACGGUCACUCACGAAGAACAGGAUCCGCAGCGAGAGAACAAGGCCGGCAGCAGCGGAGGGCAUCAGCGACGAUCGAUGCGCAUCUCCAUUCCCUCGAUCCCGGACCAUCUCUCCGCGCUCGGGCCUUCGAACUCGUCCGUCGACCAUGCCGUCUCGCUCAUCGCCGGCCUGCUGACCAAGGGCCGGGGCAAGACGCUCGUGCUGACGGGCGCUGGCGCCAGCGUCGACAGCGGCAUCGCACCUUACCGCGGCGCCGACGGCCACUACACGGUGCACAAGACCUACCGCCCGAUCUUUUUCCACGAGUUUGUCGAGCGCUCCGACAAGGGCCACGCGGCGCGGCAGCGUUACUGGAGCAGGAGCUUCCUCGGCUACCCGCCUGUCCUGCAUGCACAGCCAAACCCAACGCACUACUCGCUGGCGGCGCUCCAGCGCCUCGGCUUCCUCGGCGACUACAUCACCCAGAACGUCGACGGGCUGCACCACCUGGCCACGCCCUCGGCCAGCCUCGCAGCCGCGUCCAUCGUCGAGCUCCACGGCACGCUCCAGCACGUCGUCUGCGUCCAGGCGGGCGAGUCGUCGAGUACCAAGGGUGCUGGUGCUGGUGGUGAUUCUCCCGUCGACCAGGCGCUCUACGACCGGCUCACGUCGCUCGCCCACCCAAAGGACCGCCGCGCGGCCCCGCAGGAGCGCAACACGCCCACGGGCCAGGCGGCCUACCCGCACGGCUGCGGCUUCCGCGCCUCGCGGCCCAUCUUCCAGCACGUCCUCGCCGAGAUGAACCCGGCCUGGACGGCGUUUGCCGAGGACCUCGUCGCACGUGACGCGUCGCCACAGACGAAUCCCGACGGCGACGUCCAGCUCGGCGGCGACACCGACUACAGCUCGUUCCACUACCCGGCGUGCCCCAGCUGCGGCGGCGUCGUCAAGCCCGCCGUCGUCUUCUUUGGCGAGAGCGUGCCGGGUGUGCUCAAGGAGCGCGCGGCCGAGCUUGUGGGCGAGGCGUCGAGCCUGCUGUGCGUGGGCACGAGCCUGGCCACCUACAGCGCCUUUCGGCUCGUCAAGGCGGCCAAGGAGCAGGGCAAGGCCGUCGUCAUUCUCAACAAGGGCCCCACGCGCGCCGACGCCCUCGUCGAGGACCGUCUCGAUGCCGGGUCGAGCGAGGUGCUCAAUGCCGUCGCGCGGCAGCUCCUCGCCGGCCGGCACCACCGCGACCCCGUGCUCGCCCGCCUCGUCGAGAGCGGCGUCACGGUGCGGCCAAGCGAGCGGCAGAAGGGCGUGGUGUCGAGCUAGCUGGGGUCUGAGCUUGAGUCAGAGUCAGAGUCUGAUCUGAAUCAUAGUCUCAGCUUGAGUCAGAGUCAGGAUUAGAGAGACUG